UAUACAUUUAUAUAUAACAAUGGGAAAUGAUGGUGGAUCUAUUCCAAGACGUAUAGAACUUGUGAAAGAAAAACAAAAAGAUGUUAAACAAAACCCUAAUCUUCAACGAGAAGCUGCUUGGUUCUAUUGUGCCUUAUCAAAGCGAGCAUUGGAAUUACCAAUAGUAGCAGAUCGACUUGGGAAACUAUAUAAUCAAGAUGUUGUUAUUGAAUACAUAUUAGAUCCGACAUCAUAUGGAGAUGGUGACAAGAUCUGUCCAUACAUUACUUCUACCAAGGAUACUGUCAAACUUAACCUCACACCAAACCCAGCAUAUAAUGAACAACAAAAUGAUACUUCAACCGUUGUUGGUAGUCUAGAUAAAGAUCUCAAGAGUAAAUUUAUAUGUCCCAUUUCGAUGAAGGAAAUGAAUGGAAAACAUCGAUUUGUCUAUUUAGAUUCUUGUGGUUGUACAUUUGCUGAACAAACCUUGAAAGAAGUAUCUUCAACACAAUGUCUUAGCUGCGGAAAAACAUUUGAUAAAAGCAAUAUCAUCACCAUCAAUCCUACGACAAAGGAAGAAAUCGAAAGUAUGACCAAAGCAAUGGAAGAAAAAAAGAAAAAUGGCAAAAAGAAAAACAACAAAAAACGAACGGCGGAAGAUGGCAAAGAUGAAAAUGGUACAGACAAGAAAAAGAAAAAGAACAAUAAUGAACAUAGGAAUAUCUCAACUUCAGUGGCAGCUUCAGCGGUGAUGGAUAAGGUAUCAAAGGAAUUGGCCGAACGACAGAAAACCAAGGCAGUCUCUAGUGCGAUUCAAAGCUUAUAUACAAAAAAGGAUGGUACUUCCAAAAUCAAGGGUAAUUAUCUGACCAUGGGUACUUUUAAUCGAUAUAGUUAGAUAUUAUUGUAGUGUUAUUUUUUUUUUUUAAUAUGUUGAAAAAUAAAAAUGAUCUUUCAGUGAAUUUU